CAACACAUUCCGCGAUUGGCACAACCGGGAAUUCGUACACCGGAAGUGCUCACUUCCACCCCUCCCAGCGUGUAGCGUCACGUGAUAUUCCACAGCCGCCGAAAUGUCUCAGUGUUCAGCGCUGGAUAGCCUGAUAGAGAUGGGAUUCUCCCAAACCAGAGCGGAAAAGGCAGUUGCUGCCACUGGAAAUCAAGGAAUAGAGUCAGCCAUGGACUGGCUAAUGGAACAUGAAGAUGACCCUGACUUAGAUGAGCCAAUUGUAUCGGUCCCUAGUGAAGCAGCAGUUGGAGAUGAUCCACAAGAAAUGGAUACAAAUGGAGGAAGACAACCCUUAACUGAGGAGGAGAAGGAAAAGCAGACAAGAAGAAUGAUGGAGCUGAUAGCUCAAAAGCAACAAGAACGUGAAGAACGAGAAAAACGAGAAAGAAUAGAGCUGGAGAAACAGAGACGGAAACAAGGACAAGAGUUGGCUGCAAUCAAACAAAAACUACAAGAACAAGAAAUGCAAAAAGCAGCUGAAGAGAGGAGAAGGGAGAAGCAGGAGGAAAGACUGGCCAGAGAACGCGUCAGAGAGAAAAUUGCACGUGAUAAAGCAGACCGAGCAAGAAAGUUUGGGGGGGCAGCAUCUGAGCCAAUCUCACCUCCAGCAGAAUCACCUGUUCCAGCUUCCACGCCCUCACCAUCGUCACCCAUACAGGAGCCACCCACUAAGAAGGAGUAUGAUCAGUGUCGUAUACAGGUGCGCUUACUGGAUGGUACAUCACUAGCUCAAACAUUUCGUGCCCGAGAGCAGCUGGCUGCUGUCCGCUUGUAUGUGGAACUUAAUUGGCCUGGAGGUCCUGAAGGACCCUUUAACCUCCUGACCACCUUCCCUCGACGUGUUUUCACAGAAGAAGACAUGGAGAAGCCACUGCAAGAACUUGGUCUGGUGCCUUCCGCGGUCAUAAUGGUUGCCAGAAAAUAAAACUGCACCCAGAUCUUAAUUAUGUAACCCAACCAAAAACAGAGGGCACCCAAGGACCCAAGACCAACACGGAGGAAAAUCCCAGAGCCAUCUUCUUAUGAGGAUCACACAGACUGUUCCCCCCCACUACCCAAACUGUGAUAUACUAGCAUAUGUGUCGCAAGGGAAUAAUAAAUCAGUUGUGUGAGA